AUGGUUAUUGACACUCCUGCAUCAGGUUCAGUAAUUACUUCGUCUGCUUACUUGAAUUGUCUGGUCGAUAUUUUUGGUAGGGAAUUUGGAAUGGACUUGGUGUGUCUUCCAUUGAGACAACUUGAUAUAAUCCUGGGAAUGAACUGGUUGGAAUUCAACCGCGUUCAUAUCAACUAUUUUUCGAAGACGGAGUUGUUUCCCGAGGCUAUUAAUGCUGACGAACUGGUUAUGACCGCUAAACAAGUGAAUGAGGUAGUUGAAGACGAUGGAACAGUGUUUAUGUUGUUUGCGUUGAUGAACUUGACAGAGAAGGAAGUGAGUAGUGAACUACCAGUGGUAUGUGACUUUCUAGAAGUUUUUCCAGAGGAUGUCAACGAGUUACCGCCGGAACGAGAGGUGGAGUUUGCUAUUGAUUUGAAUCCGAGAACUAGUCGGUGUCGAUGGAACCGUAUCGUAUGUCAACAUCUGAAUUGGCUGAACUGA